CACAGCCGCAAGAUCCGCCACCGGUGCUGCCUGCGCGUGCCUUUCCUCUCCAGCGCCGACCUCCCUCCUGCCUCUCUCUCCCUCCGGCGCUCCUCCCCGCCUAGCACCGCCGUCCUCCUUCUUCCGCCCGGCGCCCCCAAGCUGCUCGCCGAAACGCCACCAAGGCCAAGCGGAUCCAUGGCGCAGGCCAAACGGUACGUGCUGCGCCUCUUCAUCUCGCUCAAGUACGUGACGGCCAACGUGGUGGACCGGCAGAGCGGCCGCGUCGUGGUCACCGCCUCCUCCGUCGAGAAGCCCCUCCGGGACGGGCUGGAGUGCGGCCGCGCCUGCAACGCCAAGGCGGCGGCCGCCGUCGGCGAGGUGCUCGCCAUGCGCCUCCGGGUCGACGGCCUGGCCAGCGAGCCCAUCCACGCCGCCGCCGAGAAGGAGGUCCAGAAGAAGGGCUUCAAGAACCGCACCAAGGUCUGGGCCAUCCUCAACGCGCUCCGAGACCACGGCGUCAACCUCCGCGUCGACGACGACGGUGACCACCGCCGCCAUGUCUGACGGACCCACAGAUAUCGGCAUCAGUGUUCAGUGCGUCCCGCAACUCUACUUCUACUUCAGUUAUUCAAGUGUAUUCUGCUGAUGUUGCCUCAUGCCACUCAACUGUUCUAGUUCUCAGCUCUCACUUACUCCUAGUUUAAUACUCCACAUGUUAAUACUAUUUAGCAUGUUAAUACUCAUAGUUUGCUGUGUUGCAAGGUCACGACUGGAUUUAUUUAGCUUCUAUGUAAACAGAACAAACCAUGAAUCGGAUUUUUGGUUAAGUGUA